AGCUUCUGUGCAAACUUCUCACAUAAGUUCAGGUGAGAGCAGAGUUCCGACUUGGUCUCGUGUCCUCUUUUGGUAUUUGCUGAUGAAACGCAAGUGUACUAAAUGAAGAAUCGGAACAUUUUUCUCCCCCGCUGCUUGGAUCUAUUAAAAUCCCCGAGAUGUGACACAUUUUUUCAAAGUCAAAGUUGUUUUCCUCAGUUUUCCUGUUGAUGUUUGCCGGUGGUUGAGUUGGAAUUGUCCGAUCCGAAAUCCGAUGGCAGAUUGACGACGAGAGUUCGGAAAUGGAUUGCACAAGAGUGCUGCCUACCUUUGGCAGCCACCCUCAGCCAACCGAGAUGCAAGUCGACCUCGCCAUGUGCUUAAGCCUGAGCCAGCGCCGACGACUUUAUCAACUUCUAUCGAUGAAACCCGCUUUGCAUCGUUACCCGCCCACCGGCAGCCCGCGAAGAACCAGCUCCCACUCUUUCCAUCAACCCACCGCUUCCCAGUCCUCUGCAUCGAGUCUCUCGUCACCCCCAACAUCCUCACAACUUCAGAGCUGUUUCCUCAAGAAAGCCGGAGGCCUCUGCAAGAAGCGAGUGGUGUUUGCAGACGCCAAAGGACUGGCGCUCACGGCGGUGCAUCUAUUUAUGCCCGACACAUCCUCCUUUGCUGAGCCACAACUCAUCGACUCUUGCCCAAACAUAGCGCCCAACUUAAAAAAGACACAAAAGCAAAAGUAUCGUCUGGGCUUUCCUCAGCCGGCUCUGGACUCCAAAGUGUUCCUCGCACGCCUACGAGAGACAAAUGUACAGUUGGAAAGCUGCAGCGUGUCCGAAUGCUCCUUGCGAGGGAAAGUGCACGUCUGCCACGGCAGCACUGACAAGGCCGUCCACUUGAGGCUCACCUUCGACUCCUGGCAGCACCACGUCGACAUUCCGUGCAUGUUCUUGCAACAGCAGCGGUGCGGAGCUUUCGAUGUGGACGUUUUCACCUUCGACUUGCGCUUACCUCAAACCAUCAACCCAACUGAGCGGGUCCAGUUUUGUGUGGCUUUCAGGCCCGGAUGCGGCACGUCAAUGCACUGGGAUAACAACAGAGGAAAGAAUUAUAAGGUGUGCAUGGAAAAAGAUACUGGACAGAAUUACCCUUCUCUUCCCAAGCACCGACCACCAUCUUGCCCUUCCUAUGUGUGUCCGUCGAUCAGUAUGCAGAACCAUGCGGACCUAAGCUUCUUCCAGGGAGGCUCACAUGUUCAGUCUGAGUGGAACGGAGAUCCCUUUGUUCAAAUAAAUCGAGCAGAUGACAGUAUUCCAGUCAAAAGAGCCACGAGGACAUAUAAAUAAUAGAAAAAAAGGAAUAUGCUGUGUGAAAUCUCCACUGUUGGCUGGAUGUUGUAAAGUGCCGGAGCUCAGCUGCCCUGCUGGAAUGUGAAUAUUUAAAUUGAUGAAGCUCUUGUCAUACAGUACAUCUCUGAGCAUACUUUUCAACAAUGAUAAGUCAAGCGAGAGGGCUCAAAGCGUUUUUUUUUUUUUUUUUUUUUUUCUGGAGGGUGAGGGGCUUAUUUUCUACAGACCAUUCCGGCUCUUUUUUUUUUUUUUUUGGUCAUAUUUUGUCCUCUCACCCUUUGUCAUCCCUAACAUUUGUUGAGAUUUAAUUCUGCAAGAAAAAUUUAACACACAUUUUUGUCCGUUUUUUUUUUUUUUCUUACUUCAGACUGUAAAAUGAACACUGUAUUGGAAGAAACAGUGUGGACUGACUUGUUUAUAAACUUGAAAUAUCAUAAAUAAAUAAAAUAUCCUUCCAUCCAUUU